CAGUAUCAGUGAAUUUUAACAGACAUGGCUGGACAAAAGCAGAAUUAUUAUCCAGUGAAGAUUGUGAAAUGCUUGAUCAGUACCUUUGUUGAUGGUGUUAUUGAUGACCUGAUAGAGAAGGAUGUUUUGAGUCCAAAUGAGGUGAAGAAUUUAGGAAAAGAAUUUUCUACAAUAAUGGACCAAAGUGAAGGCUUGGUUAAUACCCUGGAUCAGAUAAUUCAAGGAAGCAAAAUUAUUAUGAAGAAAUUAUUAUUUCCUUCUUUACAAGCAAAUUCAGGAAAUCAAAGAGAAGACAAUGCUUUGGCUCUUUUCCAGAAGUCAAAAUCAAUGGACAAAAUUUUAUCAGUUCUUUGGAGCAUAUGCAAUUCUCCAGAAUCUCUCCAAAGUUACCAAAAGAGACUGAGCAGCACCAUCUUUCAGUUCUUUAAGAAGCUUGAUUCUAAUGCAGCAAAGGCAACUACACUUCCAAACCAGAUCAAGCUGUGCAGACCAGAUUUCUACCACGAUCUGAAGGAAGCAAAGGAGGGAGAGAUAUAUCCAAUCAUGGAGAAGGGGAACCGUUCACGUCUAGCCCUCAUCAUCUGUAAUAUUAUGUUUGACUACCUCGAUGAACGACAUGGGGCUCACCUUGAUAUUUGGGGAAUGUGGAAACUACUUGAAAACCUUGGAUAUAGUGUGGUUAUCAAAACAAACCUUACAGCUCAGGAAAUGGAGUCAGUGUUGAAGGAGUUUGCCAAUCGCCCAGAACAUUGGUGCUCUGACAGCACCUUCCUGGUAUUCAUGUCUCAUGGUGUCUUGAAUGGUAUUUGUGGGAAAGCACAUAAAAAAGAAGAACCAGACCUACUGGCUACAGAUACUAUCUUCCAAAUUUUCAAUGAUGGCAGCUGCCCUAGUCUAAAAGGCAAACCCAAGGUCAUCAUUAUCCAAGCAUGCCGAGGGGAGAAACUUGGAAUCACAUACGCGAUGGAUACAUCAGAGACUUCAGCAGACACACCCAAACAACCUUUGCAAGAUUACUCAAGUAGUAAUUCACUGGAACAGAAGAAAUUGGAGAAAGAUUUCAUUUCAUUUUGUUCUACAACACCACAUAAUGUUUCUUGGAGAGUUGACAUAAUGGGUUCUGUCUUCAUCAAUGAACUAAUUUAUUGUUUCCAACUAUAUUCCUGGUGUUGUCACCUGGAUGAAAUUUUCCGCAAGGUCCAGAAAUCAUUUGAGAUUCCAAAGACCCUUGUUCAGAUGCCCACCAUUGAAAGGAAGUCCAUGCCAAGAGAUUUCUUCCUCUUCCCAGGAAUAUAAAAUUAAACAAUAAUACUAACACUUAACAGGAAUCCAGGUGAUAAUACAAUAUGUAGUCCUGAAGAACUUAUUAUUUCCAGAAGAACCAUUCCAGAUGAAAAAUUGUUUUAAAACCUGUGCCAUCAUUACCAUAUCUUUAAAAAUGAACAUUUCCAUCUCUGCUUUUUUGUUUUUUCCUUUUCCCCUCAAAUCCUGAAAUGCUCCGCCCAAGAAGAAUUCCAUUUCCAAAUCCUACUGUAAGUUGCAUACCUUCCAAGAAGUAAAUUCUAAUAAUUUAA